AUGCAGAAUGCCUACGCGACGCCCUCGCAGUCGGCAGCCCAGGGCACCAUAACCUCGCCGAACCAACAGACGCAGAUGCACCAGCAGCACAACCAGACGUCGCCCCUCCUACCCUCGCAGACGAAUCCCUACUCGCAGCAAGGCACGAACAAUGCUGCGGGCCACCAGGUGCAACCGAUGUAUCCGUCGGCCGGCGGUUACGGAAUGCAGUACAGCAUUUCGGCCACCCAGGCAGCCGCCGCCAUGGCAACUGCAGCGGCGGCCGGCCAGACAUUUUACCAGAUGGGCGACGGCGGCAUGCAAGGCCAGCUGAGCCAGGACCCGCGUGCUUCGCCCAGGAUAGGAGGGGGCGCUCAAGUCAAAGCGGACCCGCGAGGUCCUCGCUCACCGCCGCAGGUCCCAAACAACAUGAGCGGCCAGCCCAAUAUUCCACCGCAGGUCCAGAUGCAGCAGACGCUACCGCGCCGCAUGAGCCAGCAAAUCACCAGCCCUGCCAUGCCCCAGCAACCUCCGCAGGCGAUGAACCCAGCUGUGAGCAGGCCCUCGGUACCACCGCAGAUUCCCCCGCAGGCGCCUGCGGUCCAGCAACACCAGUCGUCUCCGGACAUCGUCACAGGCACAGCUGAGGAAUCACCGCUCUACGUCAACGCCAAGCAAUUCCACCGCAUCCUGAAGAGGCGCAUGGCCCGUCAAAAGCUCGAGGAGGCCCUGCGCCUGACUUCGAAGGGUCGCAAGCCGUACUUGCACGAAUCGCGCCACAACCAUGCCAUGCGCCGUCCGCGAGGACCAGGAGGACGCUUCCUGACGGCCGACGAGGUUGCUGCUAUGGAGAAGGCCAAGCAGCACGGCGAGAAUGGUGGGGAAGCGGACGACGGAGUUGACAAGGAAAACGCCGGUACGCCCGCAAAGUCCCUACAGUCUGGCGCAGCUGGCUCGGCUAAGAGAAAAGUUGGUCCCAACGCUCAGUCGACGCCAACAAUCAAAAAAACAAAACUCGGUAAUCUUCCCGUGCAGCGGCCCAGCACGAGCGGUGACGAGAAUAGCGAGGAAGAUAUCGAGGACGAAAUUGACGACGACGACGGUUGA